GCAUUCGUGCGAACGGGCAAGUGAUCCAGAAGAGGCAGAUUUUCGUUGGAGGGGUCUGGGGUUGCGCGCCGUCGGGGUGCAAAGCUAGGAAACGAAGGAAGCCAGCCAGCCAGCCGAGAGCCGACAGCAAAACAACAGCGACCUCCCCAAGGAUUUGCCUUUCAUCUGAUCCUUUGGGGGGGGCUGGAAUCGCUCCUUUCCACCGAAAGGAAUCGAUUCUCGACAAACAUGUUACACACCAAAGUCAAAACAGAAAAACCAGAUCUUGAGACAGCCAAUGCCCGGAACCGUCUUGAUGCCGUCCUACAGUGUCUGCUGGAGAAAACUGAUGUUGAUAGGGAACAAAUGGAAGAGGACCCUGGAAAGACGUCAUCAGAUAUACUCAGCAAGGACCCUUCUUCUAUUGCUACAGGAAAGAGGCCUUCUACCCGAUUCUCCCAUCAUCGCCGCAAAAAGAGGAAGGAGAUGGACGAUGGACUCACUGAAGGAGGACCACAAAAGCAGAACACCUACAUCAUCAAGCUGUUUGAUCGAAGUGUAGACCUGGCUCAAUUUUCCGAGAACACCCCACUUUAUCCCAUCUGCCGAGCUUGGAUGCGGAAUAGUCCCAUGGUGCGGGAACAGGAACGAUCUCCCAGCCCACGUCUGCCUACCCUGCUUGAAGAUGAAGAGGGUGAUGAAGUUUUAAAUGGGAAGAUCCAGGAUGUCUACAAACUUCCACCACCUAUCCCUUGCCAGACAAAUCCUGCAGGGGAACCAGUUAACCUGCGUAUCCCGUUCCCACCAGCAUCUGAAGAGGAAACCAAAGUAGCUGCUGAAACGACUUCUGAAUCGGUCCCUUCAAUGUCCACCCUCAUCUACAAGAACAUGGAGAGAUGGAAGAAGAUCCGACAAAGGUGGAAAGAAGCUUCGCAGAAGAACCAAUUGCGCUAUGCGGAGAGCAUGAAGAUUCUUAAGGAGAUGUAUGAACGGCAAUGAAGAGUGAUGGGCUCUGGUCUUCCUGGAAUCCUUUGUCUUCUGGGCUAACGUGACUGCUUCUGAGUUUGUCUAUCAAUAAAUGCAGCUUUUGUUCGCA